AUGGCUGACGCAGCACCUGCACCCACUGGAGAACGUGGAGGAUUUGGCCGUGGCCGUGGUGGCCGUGGAGGUCGUGGAGGUCGUGGCCGUGGACGUGGUCGUGGUCGCGAGGAAUCCAAGGAAUGGGUCCCUGUCACCAAGCUUGGCCGUCUGGUAAAGGAGGGCAAGAUUGGCUCGCUUGAGGAGAUUUACCUUUUUUCACUGCCUAUUAAGGAGUGUGAGAUUGUCAACUACUUUUUGGAAUCGUCACUAAAGGAUGAGGUCAUGAAGAUUAUGCCUGUGCAAAAGCAAACCACGGCUGGUCAACGUACUCGCUUCAAAGCUUUCGUGGCUGUCGGUGACAGCAACGGUCACAUUGGCCUUGGUGUCAAGUGUGCCAAGGAGGUUGCUACGGCAAUUCGUGGUGCCAUUAUCCUGGCCAAGAUCUCGCUCGUGCCCGUGCGUCGCGGCUACUGGGGUCGUAUGGUCGGUGCCCCGCACACGGUGCCCAACAAGGUGACGGGCAAGUGCGGCUCCGUUCGUGUUCGUCUUAUCCCGGCUCCUCGUGGUACCGGCCUUUGUGCCGCUCCUGUGCCCAAGAAGCUUCUGGGUAUGGCGGGUAUUGAGGAUUGCUACACUUCGGCCCGUGGUCACACGCGCACCAUGGGAAACUUUGUGAAGGCGACCUUUUACGCCCUGCGUGCCACGUACGCUUACCUGACCCCGGACCUCUGGGAGCAGCAGACGUUUGGCCCUUCGCCGUACCAGGAGCACACGGAUUUCCUGGCUAAGACCGCUAUCAAGAAGUAA